AUGAGUAGUUUAGAAAACUAUGAAACUGCAGAUUUGCUCGCCGAGCUGAAGAGAAGAUACAACUGUCUCGGUAAGCCGCAGGGAAACUUCGUGUUGCUGGGAUCUCCAGGAUCAGGAAAGGGAACUCAAUCCCAGAUAUUGAAAGAUUCUUAUUGUUACUGCCACCUGUCGACAGGCGAUCUGUUCAGAGAGGCCAUUAAGACUGGAACUCCAACAGGUUUAAAGGCCAAGAAAUUCUUGGAAGCGGGUCUUUUGGUGCCUGACGACAUAUCACUGGGCAUUGUGGAGGAGAAGCUAAACACCCCGAGGUGCCGCAGGGGAUUUCUACUUGACGGCUACCCUAGAUCCAUAUCCCAGGCUAAGGACUUUGAAAAAUUGCUAACGAGCUUGGGAAAGAAGCUGAACGGUGUCCUCUUUUUCAAGGUGCCCGACGAGGUGGUUGAAAAGAGGAUAACAGGCAGACUCAUACACCCGGGGUCCAACAGGGUGUACCAUAAGCUGUUUAAGCCCCCGAAGGUGGAGGGCAAGGACGACCUGACGAACGAGCCUCUGAUCACGAGGAAGGACGACACCCCCGAGAUCGUCAAGAAGAGGCUGGAGCUGUACAAGAAGGAGACUGAGCCCCUGGUGGAGUACUACAAGAACAAGGGUCUCCUGAAAAACGUGGACGCCAACAAGCAGGAGAAGGAAAUAACGAAGGACAUAGAGAAUCUGAUAUCUAAGUUAAAGUAA